AUGUCGAGAUUCAUGCUGCCCGUUGUGUUCUUUGGCACUUUCGGCUAUGUUCUGAUGAGCUGGUUUCCGACGGAGUUCGGACGCUUCGUGGGCGGUGGUGGCGUCGAGAGGACGAUCACGCGGUCCCAUCUCGAGAGCCUCCACACACCGGGCCGUGUCGACAACGGCGGCUCCCGUCGACUCCGGCUCUUCAUGCCCGCCGACGGGCCGAGCGUCAACCUCUGCAAGACCAUCAUGUCGGCCGUCGCGCUGGGCUACCCAACGCCCACCCUCUUGAACUGGAACGGCGAGUUCAACCGCCCGGACUGGCACUUUGCCGGGUCGCACAUUGCGAAGCUGGAAUCCCUCUUGGCGGCCAUCGACGACCUGUACGAGCGGGACGACAGCGACGUCAAUGAGAACGAUCUCCUCCUCCUCGUCGACGCCUACGACGUCUGGUUCCAGCUGCCUCCGUCCGUUCUCAUCGAGCGCUUCCACCGGCUCAACCGCAAGGCCGACGCCCGCGCGCGGAAGCAGUGGGAGGACCUGGGCCUCAAGCCCGACUUCCCCGUGGCCCCGCCCGCCCAGGAAAUCGUCGUCACCACGGCCAAGGACUGCCAGCCGACAUGGGAGUCGGGCUCCGACCCGCGCUACGAGUACUGGCCUGACUCGCCGUUGCCGCCCGACUUUUACGGCAACGAGACCGACCAGGUGCUGCCGUACGUCUUCGACUCGGCCCGCAGGUACAGCAAGAUGCGUCCGCGGUGCGUCAACAGCGGCAUGGUCAUGGGCACCGUCGGGUCGCUCCGGGGCGCGCUGCGCAAGUGCAAGGGCAAGGCCGACGCGGCGGCGGCGGCCGGGCGCCAGCUUUGGAGCGAUCAGGCUCUCUUGGCCGAGGUCAUCGGGGACCAGGAGGUGUGGCGGCACUGGGUGCGGGGGCUGGCCGCGGCCUGGAACGGCAUCGUCUCGCCGGAGCGCCCGGGGCGGCUUCCGCGGGAGGUGCGGCGCAUCGCGGACGCGGCGCUGGCCGGGGAGGCGUUCGAGUUCGGCAUCGGGCUGGACUACGAAAGUUGCCCGGCCCCCCUCUCGGGCCACACCUGGGGCGACCUGCCCCUCUACACGGACUUCUUCUUCGGCACACCGCCCGUGGGCAUCCACCACAACGCCUACGUCUUCGGCCUGAAGGCGUGGCGGCUGGAGCACUGGUGGAACCUGACGUGGUUCUACCCCCACCUCCGGGGGCUGGUGACCGAGGCCCUCGCGUCCAACAGGAAGCUCACGCCGCUGGCGAGGUUCCCGCUGGGUGCCGACGGUGGGAGCGAGAUGGUUUACUGGGCGUCCGGGGAAGGGCCGGACGAGGCGAGCGUCAAGGUCUUUGACGGGUCCAAGGAGCGGACGGGGUAUUCGUCUGUCGGGUGGGACGGCGUGUGCCAGAAAGGGGAUAGGAAGUGGUAUGACGUGGUAUUCGCCGACGGCAAGGGGCCGUUGGCUGCAUAG